AUGCUGCCACCCCCAAAUCUGACACCGACCUGCUCCUCACUGCUCCUCUUGUGCCUCUCCACAGACCUGCUCCUCACUGCUCCUCUUGUGCCUCCCCACAGACCUGCCCCUCACUGCUCCUCUUGUGCCUCCCCACAGACCUGCUCCUCACUGCUCCUCUUGUGCCUCCCCACAGACCUGCUCCUCACUGCUCCUCUCCACAGACCUGCUCCUCACUGCUCCUCUUGUGCCUCCCCACAGACCUGCUCCUCACUGCUCUUCUCUACAGACCUGCUCCUCACUGCUCUUCUCUACAGACCUGCUCCUCACUGCUCCUCUCUACAGACCUGCUCCUCACUGCUCCUCUCCACAGACCUGCUCCUCACUGCUCCUCACUGCUCCUCUCCACAGACCUGCUCCUCACUGCUCCUCUCUACAGACCUGCUCCUCACUGCUCCUCUCCACAGACCUGCUCCUCACUGCUCCUCUCUACAGACCUGCUCCUCACUGCUCCUCUCCAGACCUGCUCCUCACUGCUCCUUCCCACAGACCUGCUCCUCACUGCUCCUCUCCACAGACCUGCUCCUCACUGCUCCUCUCCACAGACCUGCUCCUCACUGCUCCUCUCCACAGACCUGCUCCUCACUGCUCCUCUCCACAGACCUGCUCCUCACUGCUCCUCUCCACAGACCUGCUCCUCACUGCUCCUCUCCACAGACCUGCUCCUCACUGCUCCUCUCCACAGACCUGCUCCUCACUGCUCCUCUCUACAGACCUGCUCCUCACUGCUCCUCCCUACAGACCUGCUCCUCUUGUGCCUCCCCACAGACCUGCUCCUCACUGCUCCUUUUGUGCCUCCCCACAGACCUGCUCCUCACUGCUCCUCACUGCUCCUCCCCACAGACCUGCUCCUCACUGCUCCUCUUGUGCCUCCCCACAGACCUGCUCCUCACUGCUCCUCUUGUGCCUCCCCACAGACCUGCUCCUCACUGCUCCUUUUGUGCCUCCCCACAGACCUGCUCCUCACUGCUCCUCCCCCCACAGACCUGCUCCUCACUGCUCCUCUUGUGCCUCCCUACAGACCUGCUCCUCACUGCUCCUCUCCACAGACCUGCUCCUCACUGCUCCUCUCCACAGACCUGCUCCUCACUGCUCCUCUUGUGCCUCUCCACAGACCUGCUCCUCACUGCUCCUCUUGUGCCUCCCCACAGACCUGCUCCUCACUGCUCCUCUCCACAGACCUGCUCCUCACUGCUCCUCCCCACAGACCUGCUCCUCACUGCUCCUCUUGUGCCUCCCCACAGACCUGCUCCUCACUGCUCCUCUUGUGCCUCCCCACAGACCUGCUCCUCACUGCUCCUUUUGUGCCUCCCCACAGACCUGCUCCUCACUGCUCCUCUUGUGCCUCCCCACAGACCUGCUCCUCACUGCUCCUUUUGUGCCUCCCCACAGACCUGCUCCUCACUCCUCCUCUUGUGCCUCCCCACAGACCUGCUCCUCACUGCUCCUCUCCACAGACCUGCUCCUCACUGCUCCUCUCUACAGACCUGCUCCUCACUGCUCCUCUCUACAGACCUGCUCCUCACUGCUCCUCUCCACAGACCUGCUCCUCACUGCUCCUCUUGUGCCUCCCCACAGACCUGCUCCUCACUGCUCCUCUUGUGCCUCCCCACAGACCUGCUCCUCACUGCUCCUCUUGUGCCUCCCCACAGACCUGCUCCUCACUGCUCCUCUUGUGCCUCCCCACAGACCUGCUCCUCACUGCUCCUCUUGUGCCUCUCCACAGACCUGCUCCUCACUGCUCCUCUUGUGCCUCUCCACAGACCUGCUCCUCACUGCUCCUCUCCACAGACCUGCUCCUCACUGCUCCUCCCCACAGACCUGCUCCUCACUGCUCCUCCCCACAGACCUGCUCCUCACUGCUCCUUUUGUGCCUCCCCACAGACCUGCUCCUCACUGCUCCUCUUGUGCCUCCCCACAGACCUGCUCCUCACUGCUCCUUUUGUGCCUCCCCACAGACCUGCUCCUCACUCCUCCUCUUGUGCCUCCCCACAGACCUGCUCCUCACUGCUCCUCCCCACAGACCUGCUCCUCACUGCUCCUCUUGUGCCUCUCCACAGACCUGCUCCUCACUGCUCCUCUCUACAGACCUGCUCCUCACUGCUCCUCUCUACAGACCUGCUCCUCACUGCUCCUCUCGUGCCUCCCCACAGACCUGCUCCUCACUGCUCCUCUUGUGCCUCUCCACAGACCUGCUCCUCACUGCUCCUCUUGUGCCUCCCCACAGACCUGCUCCUCUUGUGCCUCCCCACAGACCUGCUCCUCACUGCUCCUCUUGUGCCUCCCCACAGACCUGCUCCUCACUGCUCCUCUCCACAGACCUGCUCCUCACUGCUCCUCCCCACAGACCUGCUCCUCACUGCUCCUCUUGUGCCUCCCCACAGACCUGCUCCUCACUGCUCCUCUUGUGCCUCCCCACAGACCUGCUCCUCGGCCUUUGCCACUCGUGAUCGCCUGCGCGCUCAUCUGAUCCGUCACGAGGAGAAGGUUCCGUGUCACGUCUGUGGGAAGCUGCUGUCGGCCGCUUACAUCACAGAUCACAUGAGAGUCCACAACCAAUCACAGCACCACUCCUGCCACCUGUGCAACCGCAGCUUCACCACGCUCACAUACCUGCGCGUCCAUGCUCAGAAGCACCAUGGUCAGGAGUGGCGGGAGAGUGGGGGGGCCCGGGGGACGGGGCCAGGCGGCGUGCUGCUGUGUCAGCUCUGUGGCGUCCAGUGCAAGACGGCGACGCAGCUUCAGGGUCACAUGGGCACGCACGCCGAGGCUCAGGGGGGCGGGGCUAACGAGGAGGAGGGCGUGGAGAUCCAGGCCAUCACCACUGCUCGCCCAUCGCCACGGCUAACAGCUAACAGAUUUGCUCUCAUCUCUUCAGAACUCUACAGACUGUUGUACAUACAGCCUCAGACUCUUGUGGAGGCCCUGUCCUUCUGA